ACCACCACCACCACCACCAAUAUUGGUUUUGGUUUAGUCCCACCCCUUCCCAAGAAAUUAAAAAUAUCCUCUAAGACUCUUCUUCCUUCCUUUGUGUUCCAUCUUCUUACCAAAACUGUCGGCGUACCUCAUCCCCAUGAUGGAAAAAGAAGAAGAAGAAGGUCAUCAGCGUCACCGCCGGAUAUGCGACUAUUGCGACUCCUCCGUGGCCCUUGUCUACUGCAAAGCUGACUCCGCCAAGCUCUGUCUCGCCUGCGACAAGCAAGUCCACGUCGCCAACCAACUCUUCGGCAAACACUUCAGGUCACUUCUCUGCGACUCCUGCCACGACUCUCCAUCUUCCCUUUUCUGCGAGACCGAACGGUCUGUGCUUUGCCAAAACUGCGAUUGGCAGCACCACACUGCCUCUUCCACCUCCCUCCACAGCCGGAGACCUUUCGAAGGCUUUACCGGCUGUCCCUCCGUCCCGGAGUUGUUGUCAAUCGUAGGACUCGAUGACCUCUCUCCCGAUUCCGGAUUGCUUUGGGAUCAGACACCCCCGGAGAUCCUUAGCCUCAACGACUUGCUUGUCUCAGGCGGCUCGGAUACUCAUAACUUCCGUGCCACGGAUGUUCCUCCUCUGCCUAAGAAUCGUCACGCCACCUGCGGGAAAUACAAAGAUGAGAUGAUCAGACAGCUCCGUGGACUGGCCAGAUCCGAGCCAAGUUGUCUGAAAUUCGAAGCAGCAUCAGAUGCUGAGAUCGAUGCCGGAUUCCAGUUCCUGGCGCCGGAUUUGUUUCCUACAUGCGAGCUGGAGAGUGGAAUGAAAUGGUUCGAUCAGCAAGAUGAGGACUUUCCAUAUUGCUCUCUGCUAAGAAACUUGUCAGGGUCAGUUGAUAAACCUGAGAAUGUAGACCGAGACUCUCCCGUUAUGGUUCCGGUUGCUGACAGCUUUAACCGAUGUGAGGAAGAUCACGUGAUGGUGCCACUCUGCUCCACUACGGCUACGAGGGAGAUCAACAGUCUUGAGAGGAACUCUGCUCUCUCCCGCUACAAAGAAAAGAAGAAAUCUCGAAGGUACGAGAAACACAUCAGGUAUGAAUCACGCAAGGUUCGUGCAGAAAGCAGGACAAGAAUCAGGGGACGUUUCGCCAAGGCCGCUGAUCCAAUAUGAUUCAUUACUUUGCUAGUCAAUACCAAGAGUCUCUCUUUUGUAUUAAUCCAAUCAUUACCACAGUGAGUCUAUAUGAUCAGAUCAUCUUUUUGUAUUCUAAGCUUUAGGAGUUUACCACCUACCUACCACUGUAUAUUUGACCCCAAUCUCAAAACACGUAUGUAUGUUUCAAACAAACGACAUAAUGAUUUGUACCCUUUUUUUUUGAA